UGCGUAUUUUCAUUUUAAUCUUUAUUGGGUAAAUGAAAAUAUUUUCACAUCUCAAAGUCACACUUGGCACACAAUCAAUCACUUACAUUUGCAGUUUGCACAAUCCGAGUGCCGAAUUCCGAAAUCGAAGCUUUAGGGGUUAGGGUUCAAAAAUUUCAGCGAGCUCAAUGGCGGAGGAAUCCAACAACACACUCACCAAUCCUGCUGUUGCCGCCGCCGCCGCCGGCGGAGGAGGAGAUUCGCUGACGGAAGAGAUAUCCGAGAAGCUUCACUCUCACCAUUCCUCCUCUUCUUCUUCUUCGGAUUCCGAUUCCGAAAAACGUGUUUCUUCACCCGUCAAGGACGCCCGUGUUUUCCGCCUUUUCGGAAGAGAGAAGCCUCUUCAUUCCGUUUUCGGCGCUGGAAAACCUGCUGAUGUGUUGUUGUGGAGGAACAAGAAGAUAUCUGCCGGUUUACUCGGCGGAGCCACUGCCGUUUGGGUCCUUUUCGAGUUGCUCGAGUGCCACCUCCUUACUCUAGUGUGUCACAUAUCAAUACUAGUGCUAGCAAUUCUGUUCUUGUGGUCCAAUGUCCACACUUUUAUCCACAAAGCUCCGCCUCGCAUCCCUCAAGGUCAUCUUCCUGAGGAGCCGUUUCUGCAAGUUGUGUCUGCAUUGCGAAUCGAAAUCAACCGGGGACUUACCAGUCUGCGAGAUAUUGCUUCUGGAAGAGAUUUGAAGAAAUUUCUCGUUGUUAUUGCUGGCUUAUGGAUUCUAUCAAUCGUGGGGAGCUGGGGCAAUUUCCUCACAUUAUUCUACAUAACCUUUGUUUUGUUGCACACGGUGCCGGUCUUGUAUGAGAAGUACGAGGAUAAGAUAGACCCAUUUGCUGAGAAGGCAACCAUUGAGAUUAAAAAGCAGUACUCUGUGUUUGAUGCCAAGGUCUUGAGUAAGAUCCCUAGGGGUCCUUUUAAGGGUAAGAAAUUAGAUUAGUAAAUCGAAACAUCAGAAAGAUAAAAAGGGCUCUACUUGUUUAUAGGUUGCCAGAGCCUCGUUUCUAUGUAUCAGAUACCACCCUUUAUCAUGUCCGGGAUGGGUUUUAGGUGGUUGUAAUAAAGUGUAAAGGGUUAUCUUAACUUCAAGUAGUUCCUAACAGUGCAAGCAUAGGGGUCUUGCUGGCUUCUACUAUGUGUCUUCACUUGUAAAAUUUCAAUAAUUUCCACUGUAAGGUAAAAAGUAAUAGUAUGCUCCUUUUUAUUUC